AUGGACCGCUACAGAGUGGCGCCGGCGCGGCCUGUCUUCCUCUCCGGCCACCUGCAGCCCGCGGCUGCCACCCGGCGCUCGGGCGGCGCCGAGCGGGAGCUCGACAUCUUCACGGCCGAGCGCUACUUCAACGCCGCGGACGCCGUCAAGUACAGCGCCGCCGCGGUCCAUGCGGACAACACGCCGCGCCAGCUGCCCGUCGCUGCCGUGGACGCGGCGGCAGGCCAGAGCGGCCGCACCGCGGCGUCGUCGGAGGCCAGUUGGAACAGCCGCUCCGGGCUGCUCGCCAGUGACCAGUCGUCGUCGGCCGCUAGGCAGCACGACAAGGGCUAUGGCGGUGGCGUCAACGGCGUCGUCGUCCUGGAUACGAGGGACGACCGGUAUCACCGCGGCGGCAGGAAGCCUGCCGCAGGCGCCUUUGGGCAGCGCUGGGGGAUCUUCAGCCGGGACUGCCCCUGCGCCGGCAGGAAGGCCGUCACCGUGGACGUCGCCUCCGAGCCGGCCACCCCGAGGAACCACGUGAGGUUCGACGCCAGGGAGGAGAGCGCCAUCUUUAAGGCCAACGGGCUGCCUCCCCCGUCUCCAAACGACGAGCCCGGCGUGAUGAAGAUUUUUACGACGGGGAGCUGCGCGUUCCCGCUUCGCGCCAACGACAACAUCCUCGCUCCGGCUCCAGAUCAUCAGACCAGCGCUUCCUUUCCCGCUUUCCCGCCCGACGUUGGCCGCCGCGUCGUGAGCUCCGGCGGUUUCACGUUCCCGGUGAUCAGCCCGUCCAAGGCCGUCAUCAGCACCGUCCUCGACGAGCCGCCGCGCGAGUCGCUGGAGGUGUUCCGUCCCAUCGACGAGGACUCGGUGGUGCUCGUGGACCCGCCGCCACCCCUAGCCGCGGCCGCUUUUCUGCGCGCGCCGGCAGUAGUGUCGGCCAUGGACGACGACGCGAUGAGCGACGCGAGCUCGGACCUGUUCGACCUGGAGAGCUUCGCGGCGUCAUCGUCGUACCCGACCACGUACCGCGGGCGCAGCAGCCGGCGCAACUCGGGGGACGAGGACCUGGCGUACGCCGCCGCGGCCGCGGAGCCAGCGCUGAGUGAGUGCAUGUACGCGCCGAGCGAGGCGAGCGUGGCGUGGAGCGUGGCCACCGCCGAGGGCGUGGCCUACGACGCGGGCAGCGUGGCCAACUUCUCCAGCUCGGCGUCCGCGUGCGGCGUCGACGAGUUCCGCUUCGUCCCGCCGGUGUCCGCCGCCGGCCACGACGGCUUCACCGCGGCAAUGUCCCGGAGCGCCGGCCGCAAGAAAGGCGGCGGGUUCUUGGACAGCUGCCGGUGCGAGAGGGCCGUGAGCGUCGGGCCGACGCCGGUCCGUGUGGCCCGCCCGCCGGCGGUCCCGGCUAACAAGACGGCGAUGGGGCUGGAAAGCGGCGGCGUCGCGCGGUACCACAACCGCCGCGUCCACAUGCCGGUGCGGACGUGA